UCUCUCUCUCUCUCUGUGAACUCUCACAUCCGACGGUAUCCUCUACGAGUACAUUAUUAGCGAGAAGAAAGAUUUGGGUUACUGGGUCCCCUUUGAAGUAAUUACAAUUGUCUCUUCAGGUGACAGGGCGAGUCCAUUUUACUCUACCUUCCUAACCACUUAUAUUUCAGUGCCUUAUCAGGCCCCGGCCCCUCUCUCUCUCUCUCUCUCUCUUGUAAUUCACUGCUUUUCCUUUUCCGUUCCUGUUGGAGGAGAUAAGAUCUAUUUCUUGGUGUCUAUUUGGCAGUUUACAAUCAUAGUAUCUUUUUGUACACUUGUGCUUAGAAGUUAGAAAUCCGGCAACUUUGCGUGUAAAUUUCUGCGGUUGUUCGUCGAUGGCGUGGGGGAAUAUAAGAUCGCUUUGUUCGUUUUGGAAUUUCCGGGGUAUCUUUCAGCGGCGCCGAAUGGGAGGAGAGGUUGCGCUUGAGCCAUCGCCAUACACUAUUAAAUCUCAUGGUGCCUCUCUUGCUCGGAAUCACAGGCAAGAUUGGAUCAUAUUGGUUCUUCUUGUAGUGAUAGAAGUCAUUCUAAAUGUCAUUCGCCCAUUUCACCGCUUUGUGGGAAAAGAUAUGAUGACAGAUCUCAAGUAUCCCUUGAAAGACAACUCAGUUCCUGUAUGGGCUGUUCCUAUGUAUGCAGUAUUGUUGCCUAUUGCCAUUUUCGUCCUCUUCUAUAUGUGUAGGACAAGGGGAGAUGUCUAUGAUCUGCACCACAGCAUUCUUGGCCUGUUAUUUUCUGUGCUAUUUACCGGGGUUAUUACGGAUGCAAUAAAAGAUGGGGUUGGUCGGCCUCGACCAGACUUCUUUUAUCGUUGCUUUCCUGAUGGAAAGGAUUUUUAUGAUCAAUGGGGAGGAGUAUUAUGUCAUGGUAAAGAUAGUGAUAUAAGGGAAGGACACAAAAGUUUCCCAAGCGGUCAUACUUCAUGGUCCUUUGCAGGUUUGGGUUUUCUGUCGUUAUACCUGUCUGGAAAAGUGAAAGUAUUUGAUCGCAAAGGGCAUGUUGCAAAAUUAUGCAUUGUUCUUCUUCCGCUACUCAUUGCGUCCCUUGUUGGCGUCUCACGAGUUAAUGACUACUGGCACCAUUGGCAAGACGUUUUCGCUGGAGGUGUUCUAGGGCUAGUUGUGGCAACGUUUUGCUAUAGGCAAUUCUUCCCAAACCCUUAUGAUGAUAAUGGAUGGGGCCCUUAUGCAUAUUUCGACGCUGUGGAGGUGUCACGUGCUUCUGCAAACACGGGCCAAGAUAUGAAUGCACGUAAUGUGCAGGCUACAGGGAUUCAAAUUGUGAAUCAACGCGCAAGACAAGAUGGUUAUGCGGAUCCAAGCUCAGCACAGGAUCAAAUGGAAUCAGGGAAGAGGUGAUAUUUUCAAUAUCUUGUGCUCUAUGCUGAUCCACGUCAAUUUGUGUAUAUGUAAAUGUCAAUUUCCGGUCUCAACUAAACUUCAGUUUUAGAAAUGUAGAUCGAGUGAAAGUUGAUGAUUGUUCUUAAUGAAUACACAUUACAGCAUCUCCAGCAGACUA